AUGCUUUAUAGAGAACCCAGUCAACAAUUGACAGGCAGAGCAUCACCACCAUCGGCCAUAUCCGAUCCAUCAACCCAGCCUCUUCUUCGCCAACGCCGCCCCAUCCGUAAUACCAGAUCAAUUAGACAGAGAUCUACCGACAGCUUUAGCAAAUCAACUCGAUCGGCAUCAAGUAAAUUAGCAGCUCGCGUCGCUCAAGAAUCCCCGUCUACUCAAGAGGCCCCGUCUAACGUCACCGCACCUGAGCUUAACGAUUCCAUCCCUCGUAACUUAACCCAGGUACGUUCCAUUGUUUAAGCCUUUACACCAACCAUCAAAUCUCACAAUUCCUAGCCAACGACUUUACAAACUAUCACUCGUACUGCGACUGAGAACUUGCCAGAGUUCACUCCAGAAACAGGGGUUGUCGAGCCAGAAGCUGUAAGUCAUAGUCACUACAGCUCAAGCGAUGAGUAAGAAACUUACCCUUCACAGGAUCUCGCCAUUGCCGCUGCUGCUGUCCCAGCCCAACGAACCACAGACCCCAGGACACUUGUGUCGGGAUUGCGUUCCCUUGCCAGACCUGUAAGUUCCAUUACAGUAUCGUGCUUGAAUGUUAGAUGACUUACAGUUUGCUCCAGACUCCAACUCCAGCAGUGCCAGCCCUUCAACCAAACCCAAAUAUGCCAGGAGACCAGCGACCAGCGGACGAACGUAACACACCUCUGAAUAAACCAGUAGGAGAACCCAUGGGCGCUUUGCCAAUUGGUGGGCUACCACCACCACCACCACCCGGCAACAUGCCUACUCCACUACCACCACCACCCACAACUAUCUUUCAGCUUCAGGUGAAGACCGUCAUGGUACCAACAACAAUUAUACAAAUGCUUCAACCGACACUACCACCAGGCAUUCAACCACCACCUGUCGUACCACCGCCAGUUCAACCCAACCCAAUAAUUGCGGCCCCAGCUACCACACCUACACCUGGAGCGCUCCCUGGUGGACAUUUCAACUCCUCCUUCGUAGUAGACGCCAUCAAAAACCCCGACGCCUCCGCCGCUCCCGGAAUAAGCUCUCUCGGAGAGACCGGAAAAGUGUCCCCUGGAAUCGCAGCGUUCAUCGUAUUCGCAGUUCUUGGUAUGUAACCUCUCAUGAUCCAACUCGCUUAUCAUCCUCGCUUGCAGACAGCGCAGGAAAUUCGCUAGAGAACCGAGUCCGAAUGGAAAACUAACAUUGAAUACAGGUGUUCUCGGCUUCAUCGCCAUGGUCAUCUGGGCGAUGACAAGCCGCCAUAAAACCAAGAAGAAGGAGCUGGUCAGCGCCAAACUCGGACCUGGACUCGAUGUCAAGGAGGUGAAGCAUUAAGCUUAGGGUCGUCGACACGACACGCGCUCGACGAGAUGUCUUCCAGGGAAUAAGGAAACGUGGUGUGUAGAUACUGAAUCUUCGGAACUCAUCAUUAUGUAUACAUGGUUUUGCGUCCUUUACGGGAGUUUGCUGGACUUCGAACAAAUUUACGAGGCCGAUUUUUUUGGGGUGUUUUGAAUCUUUGGGGGGGCGGACUUGGCUUGGCUCGGAAGGGUGUCAUGUUUUUUUGAGCUGGUUUAUGUGUUUGAUCUGGUUUGGAAAUUCUUUGUUCUUCUCGCUGUCGAUCGGCCUUGGAGGUGUGUGUUUUCAUAUAUAUAUUUUACGUGUGAGGACAAAGGGAAAGGCGAAUUUUCUUUUUUUUGGUGCUGGCCAUCGGGCGAUGUUGGGGCUUUUUCCUUGGAUGGGAGGGAUUAGCGCGCGGAGGGAUAGAGAGAGGUAGGUAGGGCAGGCAUGAAUAUGGAGUUUCUUAC